CGCGAGAAUUAAAAGUAGAGCGUAAGCCACAGAAACGGCGACGAGGAGGAAGGAAACAGAUGUACCGUUAGUGAUGUGAUGGGCGCAGAUUGAUCGAUCGACCGACCAUGUCUGUGGCGGCCUUUCCCGGACUGCCCAGGCUUUGCCUGCUCCUGGUCUCAGUACGUUUGCUACUUGCUGGAUCUGCGGCGCUGAAAUGUCACUGCGAGCACUGUUCAAAAGAUAAUCAGACCUGUGUUACUAAUGGCUUGUGCUUGGCAUCGGUGAUAUUACAAGAUGGUAGAGAAACACACAACAGCAUGUGCAUUAAUAAAAUGGACCUUAUUCCAUGGGACAGACCAUUUAUGUGUGCACCCUCUUCAAAUAAUGGCAUUUACACUAUACCUUAUUGCUGUGAUGAGGAUUUUUGCAAUAAGAAAAUUCAACCUUCAAUUGUUCCAUCAACAAAACCUAUUACUAUCUUUAGUCCAGUGGAGUUGGCAGCGAUUAUUGCUGGACCAGUUUGUUUUAUCUGUAUUUUACUGAUGUUAAUUCUAUAUAUUUGCCACAAUCGCACUGUUAUCCAUCAUCGUGUUCCAAAUGAGGAAGAUCCUUCAUUGGACAGGCCCUUCAUCUCAGAGGGAACAACACUUAAAGAUUUAAUAUAUGACAUGACCACAUCAGGAUCUGGUUCAGGUCUGCCCUUGCUUGUGCAGAGAACUAUUGCAAGAACCAUAGUUUUGCAAGAGAGCAUUGGCAAAGGUAGGUUUGGUGAAGUGUGGCGUGGGAAGUGGAGAGGAGAAGAAGUAGCAGUCAAGAUUUUUUCAUCAAGAGAGGAACGUUCAUGGUUCAGAGAAGCAGAAAUAUAUCAAACCGUGAUGCUGCGCCAUGAAAAUAUUUUGGGCUUUAUUGCUGCAGAUAACAAAGAUAAUGGCACAUGGACACAGCUUUGGUUAGUGUCUGAUUAUCAUGAGCAUGGCUCACUAUUUGAUUACCUGAACAGGUAUACUGUAACAGUGGAAGGGAUGCUAAAGCUGUCAUUGUCCACUGCAAGUGGCUUGGCUCAUCUCCACAUGGAAAUUGUUGGGACACAGGGAAAGCCAGCUAUAGCCCACAGAGAUCUGAAAUCCAAAAAUAUUUUGGUAAAGAAAAAUGGAACUUGCUGCAUAGCGGAUCUGGGUUUAGCUGUCCGACAUGACUCUGCUACAGAUACAAUUGACAUUGCACCAAAUCACAGAGUUGGAACUAAAAGAUAUAUGGCUCCAGAGGUGCUAGAUGAUUCGAUAAAUAUGAAGCAUUUUGAGUCCUUCAAACGUGCUGAUAUAUAUGCAAUGGGAUUAGUUUUUUGGGAAAUUGCUCGCCGUUGUUCGAUUGGUGGAAUACAUGAAGACUAUCAGUUGCCUUACUACGAUCUUGUUCCUUCUGACCCAUCAGUGGAGGAGAUGAAGAAGGUAGUUUGUGAGCAAAAACUGAGACCCAACAUUCCCAACCGAUGGCAGAGUUGUGAAGCAUUACGUGUGAUGGCUAAAAUAAUGCGAGAAUGUUGGUAUGCCAAUGGGGCAGCACGACUUACUGCUUUACGCAUCAAGAAAACACUAUCACAGCUUAGCCAGCAAGAAGGCAUAAAGAUGUAGUUGAUUACCCUGGACUGAAUUACAAUAGAUUUUACCUAUUUGGUAACCUGAUCUAAAGAUUCAUUGUUCUACCUCGCUGAGGGAACGGCCCGCAAAUGCUGCCUUUUUGAAACUUCAUAGGAUACAUGUGAAGCUCAAUGCAUACAUGCAGCAAAGAGAGUAGUCCACGCUAAUGUAUGUUGUAAUCUCCAUCUUCCCAGAACAUUUCGUAAAUGUGUAUUUAGUAUUAUUUCUAGUACCAAUGAAAAUGCUGGGUUUUUUAUAUAUAAUUUAUCAAUGCACCUCACCCUAGUGCCAUGUUAAUGGUAUUUUUU